GGCGGUAGUAGUGCUGUACGUAGUACCGCGGAAGCGAGCGAGCGUCUCGAGGAAAGGCGGAUCAAGAAAGAAGCGAUAGGCGAGGAGCGGUACAAGGCUGCCCCGAACAGGAAGCCCACGAGCGGAAGAUGAUUUGGCCGAGGGAUAAUUAGUUGUCUCAGUUGGGGCGACAUUUUGAAGCAGGCGAAGAAAAAGCACGUGAGAAAGAGAGAUGGAGAGCAGAGAUUGGUGAAGGAGGACAGAGAAACAAAACCAUUGUGCGAGAAGGGAGGUUCGUCCUUCUUUCUGCCUGUCGUACUGAUUCCCUCUUCGGGAAGGGAGGAGGUCGUUGCACGGCUGGCUUGCUGCCCUCCCUUCAUGUUCGGUUGUGUCCUGUCAUCGCGAAGAGAAAUUUGAUCUUCAGAGUUGAACUUCUUUCUGAUUGGAGUCGGCAAAGGGAACUCGAGCCUGCUCUAUGUGAGAAGGUAAUAUGAAGAUUAGAAGCCUCAAGAAUUUGGCCAAUGCGCAUCACGAUUCAAUAUGGGCUGCCACAUGGGCACCGGCCACUGCAGACAGAGGGGCUCUGCUGAUUACCGGUUCCGUGGACGAGAGCGUGAAAAUCUGGAAGGGAGACGAGUUGGAGCUGGAACGCACCAACACAGGGCAUGCUCUGGGAGUUGUUUCGGUGGCCGCCCAUCCCUCGGGCUCUAUGGCGGCCUCGACAUCUUUAGACAGCUUCGUUCGAGUUUUUGAUGUUGACACGAAUGCCACCAUCACAACCCUGGAAACCUCGCCGUCGGAAGCCUGGCUUAUGCAGUUUGAUCCUAAGGGUGAUUUUCUAGCGGUAGCCGGUGGGGGCAGUGGGUCUGUGAAACUGUGGAAUACGAACAACUGGAGGAUAGAGACACCUCUCACAAUUCCGAAUGCAGAGGCCAAUGAUGUCAGGCCGACAGAAAGACAUAGUGGAUCAGGAAAGUUUGUAUUGGCAGUGGCAUGGAGUAAUGAUGGCAAGAGGCUGGCAUGCAGUACAAUGAAUGGAGUUGUUGCCAUUUUCGAUGCAGUGAGGGGUAAGUUUUUACAUACUUUGGAAGGGCACUCGAUGCCAGUCCGGUCCAUGGCCUUUUCUCCAAUAGAUACAAGGGUUUUGUUUACCGUGUCGGAUGACAAGCACAUCCAUAUGUAUGAUGUGGAGAGUAGAAGUUUAAUCAGUGCCUUUUCAGGGCAUGCCAGUUGGGUGCUGAGUGUAGAUGUGAGCCCUGAUGGCUCCUGUCUCGCCACUGGAUCCAGUGAUCGGACAGUUCGAUUGUGGGAUCUCAAUAUGAGAGCCGCUGUCCAAACCAUGAGUGACCAUAAUGACCAAGUGUGGUCGGUGGCAUUCCGCCCCCCUGGAGGUGAUGGUGUGCGUGUCGGUAGACUUGCAAGUGUGUCGGAUGAUCGAAGCGUUUCAUUAUAUGAAUACACCUAAGUUGGUAAGCGAUCUGCGUGCCCACUGUUCUCCUUGCUCUCUGUUUGGCAGACGAAGAGGGCGCUCCUCCUCUUCACCUGCAAGAGUUGAAAUCACAAAUGAAUGGGAUCUUCCUUCCUGUCUCCUCUACUGUCAGUUGUUUGUUGGAUCGGGGACGGUGUUGUGUUCCCAGGUGUAUCAUUGUCAGGUUUCUCCAAUGAAAGAUCUCGGAGUGAAGUGUUGUCGAAGUGGUAACAGCCAUGAUACCGUACGGACCAAUAGCUUUGUCAGUAACCAAAUUCUUGAGCACCGUUGUCUUCAUGGUCACCCCGACUAUUGUGGAGCUCUACCAGCUGCCUCAUUCAAUUUCACUCAUCUCUUUUUGCUUUGAUUCUAAAAUAGCUGCGAUCAUCGCGUUACAAACCCCCCAAGCAUCGCGGAGUAAGCGGCGGUAGCUCGCGCUCCCCACGGCCGUGGCUGUCGCCCCCACCACGGUCAUUAUGUUCUACAGGUUGAGACUUUAUGUAAUCAGCCACCGAUACCCGAGCCGUUCGGGCCACCCUUUCAUGCUACUACCAAAUGUAGUGCCCGGUGGGUAUAUAACCCUAGAAGGUUUAUUUCCGUGAGUAGUAUGGAAGUGGCGGCUGGUCUUAUAAAAAUUACCAUACAGCACAUAUGAUUUCCUGGGAUAAUG